AUGGGCGAUCCGCUUAGCGUAGCGUCUGGGCUAAUUGCCGUUGUCACCGCAACCCUGCAAUCGAGCAAAAUACUCUAUGAGACCAUCCAGAGCUUCCGAAACCACCGAACCGCAGUUUUAGAUCUCCUUCGCGAACUCAAAGAUCUUGGAUCGGUUCUUAAGCCGCUUCAAGAUCAUGUGCGUACCGGCGAGACCGCGUUCCUACCACUCAAAAUUCCUCUCAUCCAGUGCCGACAGGCGUGUGUAGAUUUCCAAGUCCUGAUCGAGCAGAACAGCAGGCGAACUCGAGGGGAGGCAAGAACAAGUUUUAGAGAUUGGGCUAAGCUGAUGUACAUGAAUGGCGAUAUCGUUUCGUUCAAAGAACUCUUGGCAGGUUACAAAGGGACAAUAGCUAUAGCGCUAGGUGACGCCAACCUGCGCUCGUCCAAGGUUACCCUUGAAGUUCUGAAUGAUUAUAAAAACUUGAUUUGCGACACUAAGCUUGAUCUGGAGAAGCAUCUGAAUGACAUCGACUCCAAAUUGCAAGACAUAGUAUCUCAAGGAGCCAAGACAGAAGCUGCUGAAGGCCAUGCCCAUCUACGAAAAUUUGAGAAGGAAAAAGAAAGUACAGAACGAUGCCUCGAGUACCUGAAACAUCUCCUCGAAGAAAUCAAUGGGAUGAGUUUUCAACCCGUUCUUACUGAGCCCUCCUCGAAGACUGCUGUUGUGUCUAUCUCAGCUGAAAACAUGACACUCGCUGAUUCCCUCACUAUUUCCACGCUCAAGACAUGCAGCUUCAAUCUUGCGGACACCAUCGACCGCCUCGAAUCGCACCGUGGUAAUACCGAGGAGAAUCUCCGGCUUAAGGACUUAGUACAAGAUUUGAAUCAGAAAGUCGAUCCGGGUGCGAAUCGCGAGACGCUCCAAAAUGAGUUGGAAAGCACGAAGCAGUGCUUGAGUGUCUGCGAUCGGGCAUCGGAAUGGGCAUCGUCUGGAAGGGUGCACGUGGUUGAAGAUAUCAGCGUCGGGAACGAUGGGAAGCAAAUUUGCGUGUCUACGCUGGGGGACCUGUUCAACAUCAAGGGAGCUAGGGCCGGCCAUGGUUCUAUUCAAUUCUUCGGGUCGGUUUCGGAGGGUAGUCUUAACGAAGUGCUGAGAUCUCAGAACCAGCGGCAACAUGUACGCAACGAAGGCACGGUAGAAGAGGAAUGCGUAGGUGGAGGGUACACGCAAUCAACAAGAUAG